CUGUCAGUAAAACAUUAAUAUGUCGACCAGUGCUAGUAAUUCACAAUUUCUCGUGGACAAAGUUGAAUAUUCACCCAAAUCUUUUUAUGAGAGUUUCAGUAAUCACUUGCCCAGGUUGGUGCAGGUCUCACGGGGUUACUAUGGGGAGGAACAGGUGCAAACCUAUGAACGAGGACAGAAACUGUUCAUAAGAAGGUUCGGUUCCCAAGAGAGGGUUGUGGCUACCGUACUGAACGGGCCCCGGUCUCUGAUCCACAAAAAGAUCAGCAUACCAGUGGAAUACAACGCUACCUUCUGUCUAAUUUCUAAUAAGAAAGGUGCCACAUGUAAGAAAUACAAACUACAUAGAGUACUUUCCAAGAAUAACGAUAAACUGCCCAUUGACGUCCUUUUUAUUCCGGAUAUGACAUCAGAACCUCCUGGAUCUAACUGGUUGACGAGCCCCACGGACCAACUGGUCCUGCGUCUGACUCGACGAUACCGGGAUACGUUUCUGCUUGGCCACGAUUUAUCAGGAGACAGAGUAACCUCCAUUAUCCAGAAGCUUCCCCUGUACCUUACAGAAAUGAGGAUAUCGUUAGUGGUGGGAAGAACGGGCUACGAAAAGCAGGAAUGGGACAAUUAUACCCACAACUUAAGUGAAAUUUGUGACACACAAAUAAAUUGUGACAAUUAUUUUGGAAAUCCGGACAUUGCUCUUUAUGACAACGACUCGGAGGACUUCGAUGCAACAGUUCGGGUACCAAACGUAUACUGUACACUACAUGACUGUCUCAGUGAAACCAAUGUAUACCAGACUCUUCAUGGCUUAAAACCCGAUUCCAGUCCAACCGAGGAAAAAUGCAACACCUAUGAAGUUAUAUCUAACUGUGACAGAGAGAAAGAAAUCAAGGUGCCACCUAAAAUUCCUCCCAAACCCAACACAAAGAAAUCUCUGUCAAUUCCAGAAGAACAAACUGCUCAAAAACCGAUUGCAGACGUCUCAAAAGAUGACGUCAGACCUCUUGUUCCUCGACGAAGCGACACAUCGGCCAAGGGAAAGGUACAGCGACAUAUUUCUACUUCGACGAAAGCUAAAAUCACCACUCCCUGUAAUGUCAGCAUUGAUGAGAAGGAUGGAACCACUCCAAAAUCAGAAGAAACGCCAAAAUUACCCCCCAGAGGUGGGGACUCUAGAGGAAAGAAUGUCAGGGGCAAUCCGCGUGUAGAAAAUACGAGAGUAAAUGUGAAGGGAAUGAGUUUGACAGAUGUGGGUGAAUUGUUAAAAGAACUUGGACUUGAAAAGUAUGUUCCCGUAUUUCAGGAAAAGUGGAUAGAUGGUGCAAUAUUGAGCGAACUUAAUACAGAUAUUUUACAUCAGGAAUGUGGUAUGGGCAAAAUUGAAGCUGUAAGGCUAAUGUCGUUUGUUCAAAAAGGGCAUAUACCAAGAUAGAAAUGUGCUGAACUUAUUGUACAGAAAAAAUGUAUUAUUUUGAAAAUCUAUUCUUGAAAAGGUGAACAAUUAUGAGGAAGAGCUGGUUCUUCCUGGUAAUACUAGUAAAUUAGAAUACGAGCACGAGUCAAACACAUUAUGUACAGUUUUCAAGGCCAAUCAAAGGUUCCUGAAAAUAAUAUUAUGAUAUGUACUUUUAAUAUCAACCGCUUGACUUUCAAUGCAUGGUCAUACUUUCGAUCUAUUUUCCCCACUUCCGGUCCUGGUACGUAUGUGGGCAUGCAACACACUUUGAAAAAUUAAGCACUUUGAAAAUUUAUUUCAAAGUGCGUUAAAAUUGUCGCACAGACGGACAUCCCGAUCACAAUACUAGUAUGCCUCCAUGCUUUUCAAGCAAUGAUAACGUACUCUUCAAGAAAGAGACGCAUAAAGUAGAAUUUUAUUGACACAUUGCACAUAAAGAUUAUUUAG